AUGCCCAGGGCUGUCCCUGUCAGCGUCCAUGCUCUCUGCACUGUGCCAGUAGCUGCCCACAUGCCACCGGACCGUUCAGUAUGCUACAGUGCAGCUUGUGGGAAGGUACCGACAAGCCAUCCCAAGUGCAGCGGCCAGGCCAGGCAGCGGACUUGGUAUCAAAAUUGUGGGAGAUGCAUGCAGCGACUCCUUGCAAGAGGUUCAUGUCGGGUGGUCAGAGCUCCGGCCCAAGCGCUUCUCCUUGAGGACGCAUUUGGUCGAGGUUUCCAAGCCCAGUGUCAAGCGUGGGGAGUCAGUGGCUGUGCGCCUCUUCAGCACUGCUGUGAGGCUCAUCCGCCAGGAGCUUGGCUCGGAACUCGUGGCUGA